AUGACGUAUCAAUCCAGCCAAAAAGACAUCACAGAUGAUUUUAAAAUGCAAAGAAUCGGGAACUUUCUCAUUCAUGCUUCGAGAAGUGAUAGGGUUGGGCUUAAUUUGAUGUUGAGGGAGGGCAUUUCGCCUAAUGUGCAGGAUUAUGAUAACAUAACUGCUCUUCAUCUAGCUGCCAGUGAAGGUCAUGAUUCGAUUGUAGAGCUUCUUCUACACUAUAAGGGGAAGGAGACGAACGGGAUGACGGCAGUGGGGAACCGGGAAAACAUCACCGGUGAUUCUAGUUCUUCGACAGGGGAAGGAGACGAACGAGAUGACAGUCGUUGA